AUGAGACAGGAUCUUGGAGCCAGGCAGUGCUCGCCGGUUGCCAAUGAAAAGCCAUCCUCUAAGCUCCCGCGUGGCCCUUCUGAAGGUGUCAAAUGUCCGUGGCCCGUAUUCGCGACCUCGUUUCAAGUUCCGGAUAACUUUCAGGGCGAUCGAGUGUUGAUUACUCAACAGAAGCAAUUUCUUGGCCUUGAAGACGGACAGAUAUCAGUAAUCUACAAAUGCUGUCAUCUGUGGGGAUGCUAUUUGACGAGCUUGUUCUCCCAUGUUUUGCCAAGUGUCUGCCUGAAGUGGCAUCCCAUUUUAACGUUCCGCAACCUCGCACGACUUCUUGUCUGGGGCAGUGUUCGCAAUUUAGCCGUCUUGGAUACGACAGGUGCAGAUCGCAUGUCCGGCGUGAUAGCUUAUACACACAUAGUUACUUUGCUCCAUUCCACCGAUAUUACCGCCGAAAGAAUGUCCUUCCAAAAAAAGAUCUUCAUCAACCUCCCUAGCAAAGACCUUGAAGCUUCCAAACGCUUCGCCUUCGGUCUCGGCCUCAAGAAGAAGUUUGAGGGCUCUGGAGAGAUGCAAACCGUCGUCUUCGUCUACGCAGAUAACAUCUUAAUUAUGUACCACGCCCAUCCGACUUGGGAGCGAUGGUUAUUCGAGGGUCGAAAGACCGCCGAUGCGCAUUCCACCACACAAGCGCUGUUGACCUUAUCCGCAGAAUCAGCGGAGGAGGUGGAGAGUAUGGUUAGCAAGGCUGUGGAUGCCGGAGGGAGAAGGGGACCCCAGAUGGCGCCGGACAACGACCAGUAUGGAAUGUAUUCAAGGAGUGUGGAGGACCCGGAUGGCCAUGUUUUCGAAAUUGUAUAUGCGAGUAAGGGGUGUUGUAUGGGGGCGUGAACUAAAUAAAGGGAUACCUUCAAGCCUUGUAUGUACUGUACAUACAUAUCAAUUAAACGGCCGUUUGCUC